AUGUCUUCUGCUCAACAGCGUCUGUCUCAGGUCUCCUCCCACUUCACUGCGGGAGGCAAGAAGGGUGCCGCCGCCCUCACCGAGAAGCAUCCCGAUGAUAUCGUCGUCACAUGUGCCCUGCGCACGGCUCUGACCAAGGGUGGAAAGGGUGGCUUCAAGGACACCGCUGCCGCUGAUUUGCUUGCUGGUGUCUUCAAGGGUCUCAUCGAUCGCAGCGGCAUCGACCCCAAGGCCGUUGAGGAUGUUGCUGUCGGCUCUGUCCUUGCUCCUGGUGGCGGUGCCACUGAGUUCCGUGCUGCUGCCCUUGUUGCCGGUUUCUCCGAGUCGACCGCCGUCAAGAGCUUGAACAGACAGUGCUCGAGUGGUCUUCAGGCCAUCGUUGAUAUUGCCAAUGCUAUCAAGUCCGGCAUGAUUGAGGUUGGUGUCGGUGCCGGUGUGGAGAGCAUGUCCUCUCAGUACGGCCCCGGUGCCGUUACCGAGUUCUCCGAGCUUCUCGAGAGCCACCCCGAGUCCGCCAACUGCAAGGUCCCCAUGGGUGUCCUGUCGGAGCAGAUGGCGAAGGACCGCAACAUCUCUCGUGCUGUUCAGGAUGCUUUCGCCGCUUCCUCUUACCAGAAGGCCGUCACGGCCCAGAAGGCCGGUCUCUUCAACGAGGAGAUCCUUCCCCUGCAGGUCAAGUGGACCGACCCCAAGAGCGGGGAGGAGAAGACCAUCACCGUCAAGGCCGAUGAUGGCAUUCGGGAUGGCAUCACCGCCGAGUCCCUCGGCAAGAUCCGCCCUGCUUUCGCCAAGGACGGCUCUAUCCACGCCGGUAACGCCUCUCAGAUCUCCGACGGUGCUGCCGCCGUUCUGCUGAUGAAGCGGUCCACCGCCGAGCGCCUGGGCCAGAAGAUCAUCGGCAAGUACGUUGCUGCCAGCGUUGUCGGUGUCAAGCCCCUGCUUAUGGGUAUCGGCCCCUGGGCCGCCAUUCCCGUCGCCCUCGAGAAGGCCGGCAUCACCAAGGAUGAAGUCGACAUCUAUGAGAUCAACGAGGCCUUUGCCUCCCAGUGCGUGUGGUGUGUCAACGAGCUCGGCAUCCCUCAAGAGAAGAUCAACCCGAAGGGUGGUGCGAUUGCAUUCGGACAUCCCCUCGGCUGCACCGGUGCCAGACAGAUUAGCACCCUCUUCACCGAGCUGAAGCGCACCAACAAGAAAGUUGGUGUGACGAGCAUGUGCGUUGGUACCGGUAUGGGUAUGGCCGCGGUCUGGGUUGCCGAAUAA